AUGGCAUCCUACAGACGGACGUCGGCGUGGGUGUCGGAGGAGUUGAUCGAGGCGCUUGACAACUCCCCCGCCGCACGCAGGAUACAAGUCGCCGAAAUAAUCACCAGCACGGAAGGCUUCCGCUUUCCGAAAUCCGGCGUGAUCCUUCAAGACGCAGCCGAAAAUGCCGAGCUUGUCGCUGCCCUGGCCAAGGACGGACACCUGGUGUCCCGACAGACCGCAGAAUCCAGGGCUGUAGAGUAUGUAAAGGGGCUCCUCAUGGCAGCCAACCGGAUGUGGCCGCUGGUCAGCCACGCCGGCAAAAAACUCUUUCACAGGCAGCUGGCGCUGUGUUCGUUCAACGGGCGGGGAUUGUACUUGCCCAGAGAGCUCAUCGAGCUGUUGCUCCCCGCCCUCGUACACGCCAGGGAGCACUACCUCGUUCGACUCGGGGCGCAGCUCGAUACCAAGCCGGAGCAGUACGCGGCGGUUGCACCCACCGACAUGACGCAGGCGGCGGCACAGUAUCUGCUGGUCCGCAUGAGCGAGGUGCUGCAAACGCGGGGCAUCGCCUUCAAGGGGGCCCCAAUGUCGCUCGCGGCAAGAGAGGAGGUGAGACGGCGGGCGCAGCCGGUGGGACAGGCGGCGCAGAAUAACAGACGCGGCACUAUACUCUGCGCCAACGGGUUCGUCCAACGCAUCAUGCCGGUUACGCGGUCGGGGGGAGGACCGUCCGGAAUGACCGCGACCGAAUGGUUUGGGAUGAUUGACCACAUGGGAGCGAUGGACGGGGGGCUUGCGGGGCCGAGGCGCGGUUAA